UUUACUUAGCCGUGCAUAAUAGCCGCCCUGAACGGUGUGCCCGGAGUCACAAAACAAGCGCACCAAAGCAGCCUGAGUAUGACCCGCCCCCACGAACCAGAAACGGCAGAUAGUGUGACGGAUAGCGCAGAAGAAAGCCAGGCUGGAGCUGCCCUGGGAAGUCAGGAGUCUGCCGGAGUCAACGCAGAACAACGCCAUUUCACCACCAGCCACGGGAACAGCAAACUAAAGCUACAGAAUGGCGAUGGAUAUCUAUGACUCUCAGUACCUGCUCAUCCUAGCCCCCUCCCUGGUCAUUGCCCUCAUGUUCCUCUUCUUCUGGCUCUUCAUGAAGGAGACCUCCUACGAUGAGGUGCUGGCCCGGCAGAAACGAGACCUCAAACUACCACCAUCCAGGCCAGACACCCGUAAGAAGAAUGAGAAGAGGAAGAGCAAGAAGAAGGAGAGUGCUAGUGGAGGAGGAGGAGGCGGCGGUGGAGGUGGAGGAGAGUCUGAGGAGGAUAUUCGGGAUUUUGAUGUGGCAGAUGGUGCCAACGAGGUAGAAGAGGAACCUACACCGGUGGCUACUCCAGAUCCAGCUCCAGCUACACCUACUCCUUAUGUGCCUGUCUCUGUGACACCCGAGGCUCCUGUUAGUCUGAGGGAGAGGAAGAAGAAGGACAAGAAGGCCGCUAAGGCUGCCGCCGCUGCUGCUGCUGCUGCUGCUGCUGCUGCGGCCGCUGCUUCAGCUUCCUCCGAGGAGCCAGAAGUGAACGGAUCCAAGCCAGUGAGCCGCAAGUCGGAGCAACCUCUGUCUGCAGGCAAACAGUCCAGCCCUCCCUCUCCCCAGCCUGAGGUUGAGGUCCUGGUCCAAGCUGUCCAGGCUCCUGUUCAGGCUCAGACACCUCCCCAGACCUCUGGGAAGAAGAAGGACAAGAAGAAACAAAAAGCAGAGCCUGUUGCAGUGGAUGAUCAGCAGCCGGAGGUUAAGUCUGAGCAGGCUCCCGCAAAGAAGGAAGCUCCUAUUGUUGCUGAAACCAAAGUUCUGGAUGGUGCAACCCCUGUUGCUACAAGUGGCAAGAAGAAGAACUCUUCCAAGAAGCAGAAGACUGAGCAUGUUGAAGAAGCCCAUGUUCUGGCUGACUCGGCAGCUUCUGCCAACCACCAGGCAGGUCAUAACGAUGAGGUACCAGCUAAAGGGAGUGGCAAGAAACAGAAGAAUGAGACUGACAAAGAGAACACCGGGGUGAAGCUGAAGGAGCUGCUGUCGGGUCUGUCCAGCCUCGCUCUGUCAGAGGCCGAGGCCGUCAGCGUGAUAGCUCUUCUCCGGGAAAAGAGUCCUAAUGCUUUGGACGCCUGCUUCAAAUCUGCGGCGAGGCCUGACCCAGCUCUACAGGAGCGAGAGAGACUUCUCACAACUGUACAAGAGGAGUCGUCCAUCGCCAAGGACAAAGUGAAGCAGCUGAGCCAGGAGCUUCAGGUUGAGAAGCAGAAGACAUCCCGAGUGGAGGCCGUGAUGAGGGAUCAACGCGCCGCCAUGGAGAAGGAGCUGGGAAGCAUGCAGGGCAAAGCGCAGGGCAGCUACCAGGAGCUCCAGUCCAUGCAGAUCAAGUUCCAGCAGGCGAGGGAGCAGCUGGAAAGCCAGAUCACUCGGCUGCAGCAGGAGAACGGCAUCCUGAGGGACGCAGUCAGCUCUGCCACCAACCAGAUGGAGAGCAAGAAUUCAGCCGAGCUGAACAAGCUGCGUUCUGAGUACGCCGGUCUGAUGAAAGAGCUGGCCGACAACAACAGCAAGCUGCAGCAGGAGGAGCACCAGAGGAAGUCACUGGAGGUCAACUACAAGCAGAACGUGUCCCAGCUGGAGGCCCAGCUGCAGGAUGCUAAAAGGAGUUGGGAAGAACUGCAGAAAUUCCUCCACAAUGUCAACGCUGAGAGGGAGAAACUCCAGGGCUCAAACCAAGAGCUGCACAACCAACUGGUGGCCGUGGAGACGGAGAUGAACAACAAGAACAAGGAGAUCCAGACCAUACACAGCAGCCUGACUGAAGCCAUGGUGUCCAAGGAGCGCCUGGAGCAGAGAGUGAUGGAGCUGAUGGAGAUGUCCCAGCACAGCAUGCCUGAUGACGCACUGCAAGUCCGGGUUCAGGAUCUUAUGAACGAGAACAAAAUUCUUCACGUCCAGAGCGAGACCAUGCAGGCCCAGAACGAGGCCCUGCAGGUCCAGAUCUCUACACAGGUCACCCAUGUCUCUCACUUUGACGAGCUACAGAAGCUAUUGGCUGACAAAGAGUUGCAGAGAAAGAGUCUGGAGGAUUCUCUAAAUGCCGAGAGGAGCAGUGGGGCCACCAGAGAAACCAAUAUGCAGGCCUUGCACAAUGACAACAUGUCCCUGAAGGCAGAGUUCAUAAUGCAGGCACAGAUUUCUGAUCAGACUGCCUCCCAACUAGCUUUGGACCACUUCCAGAAGAGUGUUCGGGAAAAGGAGGACAACAUGAAAACUGUGGAGGACCUGCUGGAGAAGGGGCUGAUCGAGGUGGCCAACAAGGAGGAAGAGCUCAAGGCUGUAAGAGAUGAAAACGAGGGACUAAAACAGGACAUGGAGGCCUUAAAGAGAAUGACAGCAGAACAGGCACCAUCAGAGUCAAAAGUGGAAGAACUCCAGGGCAUGAUCCAGGAGAAGGAUGUGAAGCUAAAAUCAGUGGAGGAGAGUCUACAGACGGCACAGGAGUGCAGCUCGACCAGAGAGAAGGCGGUUGAGGCUCUGGAGCAGCAGCUGGCUGCCCUGCAGACAGAGAUGGAGCAGCUGAGACAGAAGGAGACACGAGAAGAGCAGACCAGUUCUGAUGCCCAGCUCCAAGAACUCCACACCCAGCUAGCAGCAAAGGAUCAAGAGAUCCAGAUGCUGCAGGCUGAGAUGGAGGCAAGGACUAAGGCAGCGAGCGAGCAGGUGGAGCAGAUACAGCAACAGCAGACCCAAGCAGCAGAGCCAAGCACAGAGCUUCUGUCAGCGUUGUCAGAGAAGGAGAAGCAGGUCUCAGAUCUGCAGGCUGAGCUGUUCGAGCUGAGAGACUCCCUGGAGCUUCACAGGAAGAAGAACAACGAGCUUCGGGAGAAAAACUGGAGUGCAAUGGAAGCUCUAUCAGCCACCGAAUCCAUACUUCAAGGGAAACUCAGCAAAGCUGUCAAGGAGAACCAGACAGCCCUGGAGAUGUGCCAGGCCGAGUGUCGAGAUGUUCUGCAGAGACUUCUGCCCCAUGUGCCUCUGCCCAGUGUGCAGAACCAUCAAGAAUGGCUUCACAGAUUUGAGGAGGCAGUAGCUGAAAGCUCAGCUGCACAAUCCACCCCUGCAUCAGGGGACUCUGAGGGACUGGCUGAGAAGCUGAAGGAAGCCGAGGAAGCACAAAAGAUCCUACAGAAAGAUUGCGAGACCUACAAGAAGGUGUUGGCAGAGACGGAGGGCAUCCUGCAGCGCCUGCAGAACAGCGUGGAGCAGGAGGAGUCCCGCUGGAAGGUGAAGCUGGAGUUGUCACAGGGGGAGCUCAAAGAGAUGAGCCAGAAAGUCACAGCUAUGGAGCAGGAGAUUGAGAGAAUAACUGAGGGAGCCGAGUUGGAAAAUCUCAGAAGAGAAAAGCAGCACUUGGAGUCCGAGUUGGAGAGGGCAGAGAACGAGAGUGCCACCUAUGUAACAGAGGUCAGAGAGCUCAAAGAUCUGUUGACUGAAUUGCAGACCAGACUUGAUGGCUCAUAUACAGAGGCUUUCAGACAGAAUGAGGAGCUGAAUUUGCUGAAAACCCAGCUCACUGAGACUCUGUCCAAGCUGGAGACAGAAGAGAGUGAGAGGCAAAAGGUGGCUGGGGACCUGUAUACGGCCCAGCAGUCUCUCGAUCUGAUCCAGGGCGAGCUCUCCAAAGUGACGGAAAACGCUGAUGGCCUGAUAGAGAAUAGCAGUCUGUCGUCACAAACAGAGGAGAUUGACAGAAAAGAGAAAAUGACUGCAGGACUAAACCAAACAGUUCAGGAACUGCAGCAGCUGCUACAAGGCGUCAGCAGGAAACUCACCAAGAGAGAGGAUGGGGAGGCUGACAAAGGUCUGCCCAAGGUAUAGUGAGAGGACGACAGACCCCCACGCAGCCACCCUGACUGCACUACAGAGACCACCUUUGCCCUUCGGUCUUAUCACUUACACCAUACUGUAACACCCAGCCACCCCCCUUUUUCACUCAACCUCCGUCACUUCACCUGUACUGUAAGUGAGCCUCCAGCUGACUCUGGCAGAGGCGCUGGCAAACCCCUCCCAGUCUCACUGCGGGCCGUAAGGGAGCAGGCAGAGCUUACUUUAUUCCAAACACUCCAGACUCUGUACCAAAACAACGCCUCCACUCCCACCACAUUCCUCUUCUGCAGCAGCAUCGCCAGUUAAUUUUUAUUCUAAACUUUAAGAUGACAUCCAGCAUAAUUUAAACUGCGUGGCAACCAUUCCUCUGUUUUAAAACGCCCGUAUUUUUCAAUGAAAUCCCUUUUUGAAUACUGCAGUAGUUGUUGUUAUUUGUAAAGGGAUGGCAGUGAUACACGUUUCUGGCUUGAUGGAACAAACUUUGGGUUUCAGUACUUUUUUUUUUCCUUAACUUAAAAGAUAUGUAUUGUUUAAAUGUUCAAGUUAGGACCUGCUGAAAUACACUAUGUUGUUGAUCUGUUUACCUCCUGACCAGAAAACUAUCAAACUGCAUCAUCGUGCGUUCAUAAAUUCACAGCUCCAUGCAUACCAUGGCUCAGUAAUGGGUGGGAAAAGGGAGAUCAAAAGGGGUCUGGGCAUAUCAGAAGGGUCACUACGUGAUUUUAACUAAGGAGAUGCAUGGACAUAUUAAGUUUAGUCUGUACUCCAGCUCCAGAGAAGGCUGUGGAAAGAGAAGGCCAGGUCAACAGUGUAGAGGUUUUUACUCCUUCUCCAACUACUUUAGGAAUAAGCGUCUCAUAUCAUCUGUAAUCAACACUCGCUAUAUUGUUGCUAAGUUCAUUAACACUGAAGAUUUUGUUCUUUUUGUAACAGGCGAUGAUAAUAAAAGGGAUGCUUGAUAAAUCUG